CGUCCGGGCUAUGCCCUUCAAUUUUCACGAAACUUUACUUGAAGCGCGUAAAAAAAUUGAUAAGUUACGGUUUGACUCUUAUAGAUCCAAUUUUUUUGUCUAUUUAAGAAAAUAAAUUAAAUUAUUAUACGGGUCGAAUAUGAUGCAUAACUGUGCAUAUUUUAUUUAUUUUGUUAUGAUCAUCUCUGGUUUACAUUACGGUAAAGCUGAUCAGUACGAAUACAGAUUAAUGAAAUAUCUUAUGGCUGAUUACGAGCCUGCAGUUCGACCUGCUGAGAAUUCUUCCCUACCUCUCACUGUUUCUUUUGGAGUCUCUUUACAUCACAUUAUCGAUGUGGAUGAAAAAAACCAAAUUAUUACCACUAAUGGUUGGAUAACGCAAAUCUGGAUAGAUCAUCACUUAAAAUGGAAUUCUUCAGAAUAUGGUGGAAUUACUGUUAUCAGAAUUCCAUUUCAUAGAGUGUGGCGCCCAGAUCUUAUUCUUUAUAACAAUGCUGAUCCUCAGUAUCUGUCAUCAGUAAUAAAUACGAAUGUAAUAGUUUCAAGUAAUGGAGAAGUGGUGUGGUUGACUCAUGGAAUAUAUCGAUCUUCAUGUGAAAUGAACGUCGAGUAUUUUCCCUUUGAUGUGCAGAGCUGUCGUAUGAAAUGGAGCUCGUGGACCUAUGAUGGAUUCCAAUUGGAUAUUGAAAAGCAAACUGCAGAAGGUGACGUAAGUAACUACCAGCCAAAUGGAGAGUUUGACCUGAUUAGUUUUUCUGCGGACAAGCACACGGAGUACUAUUCCUGUUGUAAAGAACCUUAUCCUGAUAUAACAUACGUUAUCAAGAUUAAAAGGAGACCCUUAUUUUACGUUUUUAACUUGGUUCUGCCAUGUAUAUUGAUAAAUGGCAUAGCUCUCUUAGUAUUUUAUGUUCCAUCAGAAUCUGGAGAAAAAGUUACGUUGGGAAUCAGCGCUUUACUUUCUAUGACUGUCUUCUUGAUGACGAUUAGAGAGACCUUACCACCUACCGAAAAAACUCCGUUAAUAAGUAUGUACUACGGCGCUAGCAUAUGUUUGGUGUCUUUUGCAUCAGCCCUGUCAGUAGUUACCCUUAAUAUUUAUCACCGAGGGGUCAGAGGUCAGCCAGUUCCGGAUAUUAUUAGAAAUAUUAUUUUAAAACGGCUAGCUCCUUUGGUUUUCAUCAAAAUUGAAGGAAAUUACAAGAAACCAAAGAUACAGGAAAUUAACCCCAGAACAGGGACUCGGCUAGAUGCACAGUAUCCAUGGCCAGAGAUUUCGAUCCCAGAAGACCGUUGUGGUAGGCAACAACGAAUACAGAGAUCUCCAAGAUUCCCAGCCGCAACGAGAGCAGAAGAAUUAGAUCUUUUUAAGAGACAAAUUCUAACAGUACUCUACACAGUUCAUAAAACUAUCGAUAAAACUGAAAAACGCAAUAUCGAACAAGAAAGAAAGGAGCUGAUACAGUUCGAAUGGAAACAAAUUUCUAUAGUAUUAGAUCGACUUCUUUUGGGAGCAUUUUUUAUUAUUACCAUCAUUACAUCCACUAUUAUUUUGUGUAGAAGUCCCGAAGAUACUACUGAGGGUAACACUAAGUAACUUGUGAAAGUUAAAAAUUAAAAAUAUUUAUGUCUAGAAAAUGAUGCAACAAUAAACAAUUAGCUAUGUUUCUAGGAUCGAGGAUUAGUAACUUUUUACCCUUUUGUCGAUUAAAUAAUUUAUAAAAUGCAUAUACUGAAAUAUAAUAUGAGAGGCCUAUAUUAUGAUGACACAAUCUGAAAAAUUAUAUAUUAUAGUUCAUCACAUAUUCUUCUUCAAUAUAUUUUUGUUUCAUCUUUAGAACAUUAAAAGGCUAGAAUUAGUAAACAAGAACUUUGUUUGAGUUCAACAUGUGCACAGGAGCAAGGGGGUGUUUUGUUUACAAAGAUAUUCAUCGGUUCUCUGUUGUCAAGUUUACAGGCAUUUUCAAAAGAGGAAAGUUUAAGCUAUAUAUUAACACAUACAAUAAUGUUAAUUUAACUUAUUGAUGUUACAUUUUGGAUUAGAAAUAAAAAGUAGAAAUAGAUAUAUGUUAUUCUAAGCGCAAAAAUAACAUCUUUAAAGCAAAAAAAAAUUAUUAACAUUCUUAUUCCUAAAACCGCUUCUAAAAAGUUUGAAAUGGCAACACCUCAGGCAAAUGCUGAGGUCAUCUUGCGAAAUGUCAUCUUGACAAACGGUUUUGUGUUUACUUUUGGCAUUUGUGCAGUUCUGUUUUUUCUUUAGUUUUUGGUUGAAAAAAGACGCAUUUGAGUGUUUUUGUAAACUGUUACGACAGUAAAAACUUGUGCUGUUUGUGCCGCACCGUGGGAAAAAGGCGAUUUAGGCCGAUCUUUUCACAAGUAAAUUCCCAUAUUGUGAUAACAUCAUAUCAUGAGCCAACCAUCGUUAUAAACGUAGUAUAAUAAAAACUUAUUAAGAAAUCUACAAUAAUUAUAAAAUAUUUAAUUUUCAUCAAAAUGCGUUUUAUUGGAUAAGUACCUUUACUCUAAUGAAGUACGUUAAAAAAACGCAUAAAGUGUUCAUAAACGGUAAUAUUUUUUAUAAUUUAAAGCAUAAUCUAUUAAUAAUAGAUAUUUAUCAUGUAAAUAUCUUUUGACGACGUCACUGGUAAAGAUUAGUUGUAUCCAUGGAGAUUAGUUGUAUCUAAUCGUGUGUGUGUGUGUGUAUAAUAAGUGUACGUGCACACAGGACGCGAUUAAGCGAUUAGCUUUGCUAUGAGAUACGACGCUAUGCGAUGCUAUGCUUUUGAUUACUUGCUAUAUUUUGGUUGUGUUUUAAUAGAAAGCGAUAAACAAAAGCGUAGUAACUUUCAAACCUCUGCCUGCGUCAGUUCCAGCUACCAUGGAAUUAUUAUUAUUAGAAAAUUUAUUUUUACGAUAUAUGUAUAUAAAAAAAUGAAAAGUCAAAAAAAGAAAUGGGUACAUGAAAUUUAUCGUGAACAAUUAACCUACGGAGAAUUUUAUCAUUUGUUCUCCGAAUUAACCCUAUAUCCUGACAAAUUUCGAGAAUAUUUCCGAAUGUCUUUGGAAACAUUCAUACUUAUUGAAACUGGUAUAACACCAUUAGUGGAAAAAGUGACAACAAACUGGAGGGUUCCAAUCAGCGUUAAAGAACGCCUUGCCGUAACGUUAAGGUAAGAAAAAAAUGCUUAGAUAUAUGUGAGUACUUAAAUAUUUUAUUUCAAAUUCGUUACAGUUAUUUUAGAAAAAUAACUGUAACAAAUGGAAAUGUAAACGUAUAAAAUAUGUCUUUUUUCUUCAGCGGAGAAUUGUGUAAGAACUAUUUGUUUCUGUGGAAUAAGCGGGUGAAGCCAAUGGUGUUGCCACAAAAGUGUGUGUCAUUUGAGGCUGAUGAGUUGCCAUAUUAUUGGCAAAACUUAUAUUUUCAACAUGGUGCUCGUUCACUGUGGCUUGAUAAAGGAGUUCCUGCAUCUUGAGACGAAACCACAUCUUUGUUUCAAAAAGCAUUUUUUUUAGCGGUGUAUGGAAACUCAUAAGAAAGUGAUAGUCAUCAUCCUGAGUAAUCUAAGAUUGUGUCGAUAAAACGGAAUUAUUUGCUUUAAGAACGUCAAUUUUUUGUUGCUCUAAUUUCAAAAAUUCUUCAAUAUCAAAGUCUUCUUUUCUUUUAGCUGCUCUUUUUGCAGGCCGUUUUGGCGGAUGCCCACAGUCAGUUGGCUCUUGACGUACAUUUUUAUCUGAGCUAGUAGUUGCAAUAGUUUGGUUGUUGUGAUCAGAUAAUAGUUGUUCUGAUUCAAUUCUUUCAUCCGGAGUACCAGAUGUCUCAUCGUCGAUGUCAUCAGGAAAUAAAUGAUCAUUGGAUACAUCUUCAUUUAGUUGGCUUGCGUUAUCGUCAGUGGGUAAGUUGCCAGUUAGCUGUCUCGGAGUCAUUUGAUCCUUAAGGAACCAUAAAAUCUUAAAGUAAGUCCACUUAACUAAAGAUUAAAGGAGUUUCGUCUCCAAAUUUAGGUUUCGGCAACUUCUUCAGCUCAUUUCUAAAGAUAUCUCGUAAAGAUUUCCAUCUUUUUUUAGCAGCUUUUUCUAAAAAAAAAAUAAUAAAAUUGUAUGUUUUCAAAAACUAAUCUUGUUUUUAUGAAUCAAUUAUUAGUUAAAAAUUAACAGUAGAAUGUUGACAUAUCUCUUAACAUAUCACUACAGAUAAUUCACUAAGGGCCAGUUCUACAAACAUGGUAUAACUUUUUUCCUAGAGUAAUUACUAUGACAACGAUUGUUGAGACAAUUGUAAUUUUAGCAAUUAUUCUAAAAAUAAACUUAUACCAUGAUUGUGGAACUGGCCUUUAGUGAUAAUAACACACUAAUUAUAACCAUAACUAACCUAUCUGGCGAUAGGUGCCUCUUAUAGAACCCUAGCAUUCUCUUUUCACCUUGGCGUUUCAACUGUGCAAAGAUAGUUAAACAAACAUGCGAAGCAAUAUGGAAAGUUUAUGUUGCUAUAUAUUUGCCGGUCCCGACGAAAGAAAUUUUUAGUCGUUCCGCCUCUGACUAUUGGAAUAAAUGGAACUUGCCUCAUUGCGUCGGCUCAAUUGAUGGUAAACAUGUACGAAUUAAACGCCCGGCGAAUUCAGGAACAAUGUUUUACAAUUAUAAACAAUAUUUUUCCAUCGUUUUACAAGCUGUGGCUGACGCCAACUACAAAUUUCUGACCAUAGAAGUGGGUGCAUAUGGAAAACAAAGCGAUGGAGAAAUCUUUCAGUCGUCACAAACAUAUGCUUUGUUAAAAAAUGAAGAGUUUAAUUUACUCAAGACAACAACAUUACCUGAUUCAGACAUAGAACUCCCGUACUAUUUGAUUGGAGAUGAAGCAUAUCCCUUGACACAUUUCCUAAUACGACCAUUUCCUCGAAGGCAACUCACAGAUGAAAAUGAGAAUUUCAACCCUAGGCUAUGCAGAGCUCGAAGGUGUGUGGAAUGUGCAUUUGGUAUUCUAGUGGAUAGAUGGAGAAUAUUAACGAAAGCAAUAGAGACCGACCCUUCCGUAGCAGAAAUCAUAAUUAAAUGCGCUUGUUUGCUACACAAUAUUAUAAUAUACCGAAAAGGAAUCCAUGAUUAUGAUAUAAACAAUCACGAACAAACUUGCAGUGACAUGAUCAGCCAGCCUGCCUCACCUGUAAACAACAGAGCAUCAAAACAAGCAUAUGAAUUAAGAGAUAUUUUGAAAUCGUAUUUAGUAAACCACUAAUAUAAUUGUUAUUAUAUUUCUCGUAAAUUAAAAAAAGUUUUUUUUAAAUAUCAAAAUAAACUAGUAUGUAAGCACCAUGUUUAACUUACUUGAAACGUUUAGUUCUGCAGCUACCUCCUGCCAUAAUUUGUCAACUUUGUCCCGAUCUCGAUAGCCUUUGUUUUGUUGAUCCCAUAGUGGAAGACGCACUCGGACUGCAUUUAUUAAUUUUUUUGCAUCCAUACUACACGAAAUACGGACAAAUAUAACUAGACAAUAACUAGCAGCGCGAGGACCCAAGCGAUUAAAAUCAAACUUGCUUGAAAAUCAAACAGACGCGCGAGAUCGCGUUGCAUCGCAUCGCAUCUUAAAGCAGCAACAAGCGCGCUGUUUGAACGCUUGCUUUUGAUUUUAGAGGUUUGUAUUAAUCGCACCGCAUCGCAUAGCAUCGCUUAUCGCUUAAUCGCGUCCUGUGUGCACGUACACUAAUAUACGUUAUCUACAUUCAAUACUUUGAAUAUUGACUUCUUUAUAGAAUAUCUUAUUUAUGAAAAUUUAUAAAUCAUAUUUUAUUUAAAAAAAUGCUUCAUAUUUUAAUAAUGAGGAAUAGUAUUGGUUUGCGCCUGUCAAAAUAAGUGACAAAUUUUUAUGAUACUAUAAAGUGUGUUUUUUGCCAUUUCUACAUAAACAUUUGGCAUUAUUGCAUCAGAGAUGUUGCAAGCAAUCAAACGGCCCAUAGUUCUACGGCAAUGCUAAUUCUAGCCUUUAAAUGUUCUUCUAAGGUUUCAUCAAGACUCAAUUUCUAGCUAGUAGUCAGGUUAUGUAUUUCUGCUCUACUUUUUAUUGAGCUUUGAAACAUUCAUUCGCCAAUGCCAAUGAGUUCAGGAUUGCCAAAAUAAACUUCUUCUAAACUGUACAUCGAUUUGAGUUUAUUUCGAUUAAAUAUUUGCAUGAUUUUUUUGUAUUCCUUCCAUACAAAUUCGGUUAUUUUUGUUAUAAAACAUAUCGUUCUUAAAUUCAUCUACUACAAUUGUGUUCAAUGUAUAGUAAAAGAAAAUCAAUAAUUUAAAAUAUAUAUUAAAAUUAUAACACACAAGUUAGUAAUGUUAAGGUUAGAAA